AUGGGCUUCACAACAAAGAUGGAGAGUCUUCUACGGCUCAACCGGCCUGAAACCCAGAACUUCAUCAUGGGAUGGGUCCUCUUCUGUGCUCCCGGCAUCUACGUCGCCGUCAUAGGCCUGGGAGCCGGCGGAGGCAAGCCGAGCUCUGCGCAGGUUGCUUCGUUGACCAAUGUCAUCUUGUACGGCCUCUUUGCGCUGUGCGGCUGGUUCGGCGGCUCGCUGCUCAACAUUCUCAAGCCCAAGAAGAGCGUCAUGCUGGGCUCGAUAGGAUACCCGCUGUACGUCGCUGGCCUCUGGUACUACGACCGUACAGGCCACAGCUGGUUCCCCCUGUUAGCCGGGGCCCUCCUGGGCUCCCUGUGCGGCCCCCUGUGGACGGCGGCAGCCUUCAUCCAGUUUGCCUAUCCCCAGGAAAAGGACAAAGCAAAGUUCAUCAGUAUCCAGUGGAUGCUGCGGUCAACCGGCGCAACUGUGGGCGCCAUCAUCGCCUUCGCAGCCAAUUUCCACCAGCAAAAGGCCGUGGGCGUCUCGAGCGCUGUCUACGGGACAUUCACAGCUAUCCACUGUCUGCCCUUUUUCCUGGCUCUCUUCUUCCUUGUCGAUCCGCAGAAGGUCGUCCGCAAGGAUGGGACCCAUAUUGCCAUCUUCAAGCCGACCAAGCUGUCUACCGAGCUCAAGUCCAUGGCCAGGGCCUUCUUUGACCCUCGGAUGUUCAUUCUUUUCCCUGCCAUCCUAGGCUGUGAAAUGGGCCUUGCCUUGGUCAGCAGUAUCAAUGCGUUCUACUUCAACCUGAGGACCCGGUCAUUAAACAACCUGGCCUUUCACUCUAUCCAGAUUUUCAUGCCCUGGGUCAUGGUCUUUAUCCUCGAUAAUCGCCAGGUCAAGAGCCGCAAGACCAGAGGAUUUGCCGGUGUAGCCUUCAUCGCCGCCGUAUCUCUCGGUGCCAGCGCGGGUCUCUAUGCAUGGCUUGAUAUCAACCACAUUGGCAGCCUCAAGAAACCACAAGCAAAGGACUGGACCGAUCCAGAGUUCGGCGGCAUGUUUGCUCUCUUCCUCCUCUUUGGUGCCAUUUACGCUGCCUACCAGAUGACUAUCGAAUGGGUUGUCAGUGCCCUUACCAAUGAUCCGUCGAAGCUGGCUCAGUUUGGAGGAGUCUUCAAAGGGACUCUCAGCUUAGGAAUCUGCCUUUCUUUUGUCAUGGCUGCUCAAAAUGUGCCCUUUGUAGGCCAGCUGUCUCUCCAGUUCUCACUAUAUGUGAUUGGGGUCAUCGGUAUGGUGUAUGUCUUGGUCAUCUACGUCAAGGAGACCAACUAUUUCACGGAAGAGAAUGUUAUUGCGCCGUUAAGCGUCGAAGAGCAAGCCAGAGUGGCGGGGCUGGUCACUGAGGAGCAGAUCGAGUCUGAGGCCGCGAAGAAUAAAGCCGCUGGCAUGAACGCCAAAGACGGUAAGCAGAACGCUGAAAUCAUCGAAUACGCUUAG